AUGGGGAGAAAAGGAGUGAAGGAAGCCCGGGCGAAAUGGCAAACGAGGGGGGGCGCGGGAAGUGCAACAGGGAAAAGAAGAGGAUCCAAAAAGAAGAAAGCGGAGGGGGGCCGAAGGGAAGCGCCAAAAGCAGCACGGAAACAGGACAAAAAGCCGGGAGCUGCGGCAGCAGCGGGGCAAAGGCGCGGGACGGGGAGUGGCAUCCAGCGUGGAGCAGAAACAAGAAGAGGGCGCGGAGGGGGGAACGUGGAGCGGGGGAGGGGGCAAAGGGGACGGCGGGAGGGAUCGCAGGAGGGUGGGCCGCAGCACCCGGCGCAGGGCGGGAGACGAGGCGGCGGCGCAGCCGGGGGGGGCAAAAGACGCAAAACCGCCGGGAAAAGCAACGAGCCGGCAGCGACGGGAAAUGCAGCGGCGCAUGGGGCGAAGGCGAACAAGGUGGGGGCGGGCGGGGCUAAGAAGGGAGGAGGAAGGCAGGGCACGGAGUGCAAAAGGGGAGAACGGAGUCUGGGCACGAAGCGGGGGCAGGAAUGUGGUUCUGGGGGCGAGGCAAGGAGUGCGGUGCGGGACGGGACACGGGGAGGGGAAGGGGGAGGCGACGAGGCAACCGACGAGGGAGGAGGGGCAGAAAGGAGGGGGCAGACCAAGGAGACGAGGGGGAACGCGGGCGAAGGACGCACAAAGGCCGGAAAAGGCAAAAGGCGAAGGAGGGAGCGGGACGCCGCCAAACCAGGGAGAGCGGGCAAGCAAAGCAGAGGACGCCGGACAAGGGGGAGGGAAGCAAGAACGACGGAGCCCGGGGGGCGAGGCAAAAAGGAAAGAGCACAGGGGGGCCAAGAGCGCAAGGGGCAGGAAGGACCCACAAGGAAAGGAGAGGACGCGGAAACGCACCGAGGCAGGCCACAACGAGAGGAGGGAACCAACGGCGCGGCAAGAAGAAAAAGAGCAGGCAAGGACACCGGCAGCAGGAAAAGGAACACAAAAGGGCACAACAAGCCGAACCGCGGAGAAGACAGGAAGGCGGACGAAGAAGGGCACGCACGAAAGAAGAGAGGAAAGGCAAGAAGAAAAAGGCAACCAAAGCGGAGCGACGCCCAAGAGACGGGGGGAAGAAGGGGGAAGGGCGCCCGAAGAGAGCGGCGGGGGGGACCAAACGGGGGCAAGACCGGGGACGCAGGAACGAAGGAAGGGGGAAAGCAGCACGGGAGAGGCCCGCAAGAGAGGAGAGAAGGAGGAAACGGGAGCCGGGGAAGCAAGGGCGAACAAGGAGCGGAAAGGCAAGCAAGGGCCAACACCAAGGAAGAAGGAGCAGCAGGGCGGCAAGACGGCGGGAGCAAAGCAGCAAACCAGAAGAGGCACGGAAAAGCGAGAACCCGGAACCCAGCCGAGCCGAAGGCCGGCCCGCCCGCGGGAAAGCGGCCCCCGCCGGAGGGCAAAACCCGGGCGACCCGGCAAACCACAGGCGGGAGGCCCGAGGGAACGAGGCCAGACAAGGGGGCAACCGCACACCCGAAGGGGCAACCGGGAAAACGGGGAGCCGAAGGCCGAAAGGCACGGGGGCCGGAGGGGGGAAACCCACGCGCGGAGCCCGGGAAACCGAAGCGGGCCCAAAAACCCAGCACACAGAGACAGACAAGGAGACAGGGGCCCCGCAGAAGACGGGCGCGAGAGGACCACCGGACGACCGGGGACGCGGGACCCCCGCAAGGAGGGCGAAGCGGCGGGGACGAAGCGGCGCGGAAGGGGGGGAGAGGGGAACACCCCGGGGGACGGCCGGCAAGCCCGGAGGAAGGAGGGAAGGAAGCCCGGAAGAAGAAGGAAAGAGGAGGGAAGGCGGGGAGGGGGCCCGGGAAGGAAGGAAGGAGGGCCACCAGGAACCGGGGACCCGGGCCGAAAGGAGAGGCGGAGGCCGAGGAGGAAGAAAGGAAGGAGGCCGGGGACGAGGCAGAGGAGGAGGAGGAGGCGCGGGAAGGAAGGAAGAGGGGCCACGAGGGACCAGGGACCCGGAGCCCGAAAACAAGGCCGGAGGCCGAGAAGGAAGAGAAGGAGGAAACCCAGACCAG